AUGUAUGCAGCUAAAAUUAUGCCUAACCUAAACAAUAUCAUGGCAAAAUUAAAAGAAAAACAUAUGGUUCAUGAUUGUUCCACAAAGACUCUGGGACGACUUUUGACCAAAAAUGGUUUUAAAUAUAAAACUGUCAAUAAGAGACAAACCAUAAUGGAAAGUAGCCGCCUAAUAAAAUGGAGGAAUGAAUAUAUCGAAAAAAUUUUACAAUACCGCAGUGAGUAUCGAGAAAUUUAUUAUCUGGACGAGACUUGGUUUGAUUCUCACGAAACGAUAGAUAAAGCCUGGGCAAACGGUUUAAGCAAAUGCCAAAUAGAUGUACCUCAUUCUAAAGGCAAGCGAAUUUGCAUAUUACAUUGCGGAGGACAACAUGGAUGGGUGAACGAUGCGUUAUUGUUGAGUUCCAAAAGUAUUAAAGACAGUUCUCUAGACUACCACCAAGGCAUCGAAGGGACGCUUUUUGAAUCGUGA